AUGGCUACCAGACAGUAUUGUGACUGGUACAUGCCCAGCGGCUCCCAUGCCUUCAAGUCCGCCGAAGUAGCCUUCCAAGAGGCUUGCGAGAUUUUUGAAAAAGAAGCCACUAAUGAUCCGAAAAAGAAAUGUCGCCUAGAAUGCAUCAAAGCAACGAAAUUGAAUGAUCUUAUUCAAACAGUCAAUCAGGCGAGACAACACUAUACUCAAGACCGGUCGCAUUCGAAGAUAAGGAGGUAUCUCGAGCAUGUUACGGAACGCAUACACCAUUACGGCAAUAUCAUGGAUGUUCUUGUGCAACAACAUCCGGAAUAUGUCUGUUUGGCUUGGGGAACAAUGAAAUUAUUAGUUGGAGCCGUUGUAGAGCACAAGAAGAUGGGCUCAAUAAUCACGAACAGUCUACUUGACAUCGCGGAUGCUCUCCCUCGGGUGAAGCUAGUCUCUGUGCUAUAUCCAACCAAAUCUCUCCAAAGAAUGGUCGCGAUACUUUAUGCUUGCAUAAUCAAGUUUUUAAUCAGAGCUCUCAGAUGGUACGAAGAAGGAUCUUGGAAACGAGCCUUGCACGUCGUGACAAAGCCUAUUGGUCUCCAAUACGAUGACAUUCUCGAGGAGAUAUCUCACGCCACUAGUAAUAUAAUGGCGGAAGCAACAGCCGGGAGUCAAGCCGAGCAGCGCGAUAUGCACAACGAACUUAUUGCGAUUCGGAACGCAGUUGAGGUGACAAGCGGAGUGAGCAGUGCUGAACAGAGAGACCAGCGACAGAUGUUGAAAGAGCUUUUGGGUUUAAUUUCGGGAUUAAAGAUUGAUAUCAAUACUGGGCACGUCGUUGCCCAGACCGAACGAUCACAAAUUUAUCGAUCAGUCUGCGAUAUUAAGUCUACUCAAGCUCUUCAUGUUCUGUCAUCUCAAUGUCUCAUUGAUUAUGAAGCGAGCCUACAGGCAUCGAAAAGUCAACGUGAUCGACGAAGAGCGUUCAAAUCAACGCCAUUUUGGAAGUCUCGCGAUCUUCAAGAUUGGAAUCAGUCGCCGACAUCUUCCUUCUUUAUACUAAGAGUCCGCAUUGCCGACAGACAGUCUGUCCAAGACUUUAGCACCAAUGUAAUUCAACAGCUUUUGCAGGCUGGACUAGCUAGCCUCUGGAUUCUUAAACCCCGUGAUGAAACACAUUCAUCUAUCGACGCUCUGAAAAGCCUUAUUUACCAAGCUGCAAUUUCUGUCAACAAGCUCAGAAGGGAAAAUGACCAGCCACUGGAUGUCAAUCGCUUCCUUCAUGCGCAUUCCGAGAAGGAACACGUUCAGUUACUUGCCGAUGUCCUCUGCUCGCUCAAAGUGGUAUACUUUAUCAUACAGUCCAGCGCUAUAGAGUCAGACUAUAUUCCACACUUUGUGUCCUGCCUUCGGAAGGUAAUACAACGAGUUGCUGAACAAGGAGCCGCGACUAUACUGCGAGUUCUGGUGAUUCACUGGAGCCCUGGACGCAACUUUGGCGAAACAGAGUCACUCGAUGACCAUCGAUCUAGACUCCAACCACUAAGGGUACCCAAAGGCAAAAAGGCUCGAACUCCAAAUAGGCCAUUUUUGACCACAGAAGGACAUCGUCCUCGUCUUGAUAGACUAAGGAAACCGAUGUGA